GUGAGGAUUUACCGCAGUGCAGGAUAGAACGGUGUCCGGCGUGACAGACGGUAAAAAAAAAUGACAAAGUCGCAAAUUUUUUGACAACUGCUCUGUCGCUAGAAGAUUCGAGAGGUGAUCGAGAUUGAUUUCAACAGCGCAUGCCGUUGGAGCACCACGUGGGGCUCGCAUCUUCCAUAAAAACAAGUGCUGAACUAUUAUUUUCAGCUGCGAUCUUUAUUAGUGAAGUAGACCGUGAAAUUUGAAAAGCAAUUUCUUUUUCUCUCUAUAGAUUCAAUCAUGACUGAAGAUGAACCCAAAAGAAAAAAACUCAAGUCCUCAAUCCUCUCCGAGUCCCUCACCACGGAAGACUUCCAGUCCCUCUUCAGGACCCACUGGCAGGCGUCCACCCCCCUAAACAGCCCCAGUCUCGAGGUGAUCGCCACCCCCUUCCGCGUCUGCAAGAUCUCAAACUUCUUGAAUAGCGAAAACUUCCUGGAGAAAUUGAUCACCGAGCUCUCGGACAUUGAGACCAGAAGACCGGAGACGGACCUCUACAGUUUCGAGCAAACGUCGGACCUCGCGAACGUGGACACCGAAAAAAUAGUACAACUCCACCAGUUGUUCCAGAACGAAUUACGAAAUUGGAUGCAAACAAACACAGGGAUCGAGCUAAACACGAAGAUUUCGAUGUCUUCAACGGCCUACUCUGACACUGACUAUCUUCUUUGUCACGACGAUCACCUGGGGGACAGGCGAAUAGCUUUCAUUCUCUACCUCUCGAAGAACUGGACCCCAGAGGAUGGAGGAUCCCUCGAUCUCUUCGACACAGACUCUUCCGGCCUCCCAAGGAAGAUUGUUCGCUCUUUAGUCCCCGAGUACAACUCCCUAGUGUUCUUCGAGGUGUCUGACAACACUUACCAUCAAGUGGCAGAAGUAACGUCCCCUGACAAACGCAGACUGACGAUAAACGGUUGGUUCCACGGCCCCAUCAGCCCCAGCACUCGUCCCCCAAGACCAGAAAUCGAAGCAUCAGAGUUCCACGAGCCUUCAGCAAUUGCAGAAGACCUCAGUUUCUGGGUGGUGGAGUCUUACCUCUGCGAGGGCAUCAAAAAGGGAAUCCAAAGGGAAGUGGAAAAGAAAUCCUACACUUAUCUCACUCAUUUUCUGCGGGAAGAAGUCUACAACAAAAUUUCUGCUGAGAUAAUGAGUGAGGAGAUCAAAUGGAUCAGGAUGGGGCCUCCAGACUCGAGGAACUAUGAAGUAGCUGAUGAGGAGAGUCUUCCCAGUACCUUGAAACAAUUCUACGAGAUGUUUAAAUCGAUUGAGAUGUUCAAGCUGUUGAAGGAGUACACAGAACUGGAUCUCGUGCCCGAUGGGAAGGACAUGAGACCGAAGAUGGUGAUCCAGUUGCAGAGGUGGACUAAAGGGUGUUAUACUUUACUCUAUGAUAAAGAAGAUGAAGAAAACCUUGUAAGCUGUGAAAAAGCAGAAGAUGAUGAUCUGUCGAACCCGAAUUAUUGUUCAAAGAGUGAGGAAGAAUUUGCAGAAGUGGAAGAGCAUGAGAACGGCAUGAACAAAUUGGAAAAUGGGGGCAGAGAAAGGAAGGGCUCCUCCAGCAGCUGUGAAAAUCCUGAAGAGGAGAAAGAAAAAUUCAUGAGGAGGAAGAAGAGAAGAAUAAGGAAAAAUGAACCCAACAGCUCGACAACUAGUGAUGUUGCUGGGGAAGAAGAAAGAGGAACAUUUCCUCUUGAUUCUCAUGACUCUCAGGGAUCUGACGUCAGGAAGAUCAGAUCUCCAUCCGAUUCCUCAGGGAACGAUGAGGGCAGUGGUGACGAGACUGACGAAUCUGACGCUGGGCCUGGAACUCUUGAUGUUAUCAUGCAGUUUAAUACCAGUCGAGUACCUGAGGACGUGACUAUUGAUUACGUCGAUCCUAAGGAGCCGGAUGGAGCUUUUAUUCAUGUACCUCCUGAGGACAAUCAUCUUUGUUUGGUUUAUAGGACCAUGGACACCAGCAGGGUACACAAGUACGUUAACCAUUAUUGCGAGGGAUACUUCUAUAAUCUCAUGUGCAGUUAUCUGGAGUAAGAGACUCACUUCCGUGUCUUCAGGAAAGAGGUGAAAAGUUUGGACUGAAUGAAUUAUAUUUUUUUGUUUGGAAAACACUUUCUAGAAAUUUAUCCAUUGUUCUUGUUGUUUCUAGAGAUUAUUACGAUGUAAGAAUGACGUAUAUGAAUAUCUACAUAAAUAUAUAUAGUUUGUUUUGA